UUUUUCCACAAAAAAUUAUAUUAGAAAAACAAAAAAAGUCAUACUCAUAGUUUUAUAAAUUUUUAAUUUAAUUGUUGCAAACAAAAUAGAAAAGUGAAAAAAGUAAAAGUUGUUUGUAUGUGAGAAUAUACUAUCACUGUUCCGGAACAGUAUGUACAAUGCCAAUUACAUGGAUGGCGUACCAGUUAAGAUAGCCGAAAAGUAUAAACCUCCUCCCGCUAUCUAUAAACUGCCACAAUCGUUGGCCAACAAAUUAAAUUUAGACGAAAAUUAUUAUCGGAAUUGUCCAGCAUUUUCCUACGAUCUACAACUAGAAAAGAAGGCCUUGUCAAAGAUUGAACAAUGGAAACAUAUACGUCAGCGUAAUAAAGAACUGAGAAAAGAGCGAAUCUCGAGAAGGGAAGAACAACGUAAACGAGAGAUCGAAGAUAGACAAAAGAAUCUUCUCUAUAGCGUAUCAUAUCCUAGUACAGAUGAUCUCUCGUCGGGUGAUGAGGAGGAAAAAAUCGAAGAAAAUGGUAAAGAGAGUCUAGAGUCCAAAGAAAUGGCACCGAAGAUUUGUGUAACGGAAACGGUAAAUAGCUUCCAUAAUAUAUUGCAACCUACAGUAUUGUCCUAUAAUAGCAGCUCUGGUAAUUCUAAUAGUACUCUAACUCCUUUAAUUAAGUCCACAUUUGAGAGUAAUAAACUAUCGAAUUCAUUCAAUUACAAAGAUUUUGAGGAUGACACUUCCUCGCCCUUCGAUAAUAUCGAAUUGAAAACUAUUAAUGACUUGGAUGUGUUAGCACAAGUUCUACACAAUACCCAAAUAAAAUCUCCAGCUCCAGUUGAUAUAGUUAGUGAUAAUACGACACUAACAAUGAGUGAUACAAAUACAAAUGAAACUUCUAAUACCAACUGUUACCCUGAGCAACAACAGAGAACGCAAUUUUCGCAUAAUGAUUCACAAAUAACAGUAGAAAACAUUCCAAAACGUAAUAAUAAUUUACCCAGAUUUAACUAUGAUCUUAACUCCACUCAGGGGGCGUUAACUGAGCUCAGGGACCAUCACACAAUAUCUUUCUCUACAAUACAAUAUAAUGCCAACUUGCCUCCGCCUCCUAACACAGCAUCGCCUCAACACCAGCAUAAUGGACAAGCUACUGCAACAAAUGAUUAUUACAAUUAUCAAGCCAAUAAUCAUUGUAACCAAAACUCAAAUAAUCCUCAGCAGCAUAACAGAAUACAGGCGUUAACCGAUGAGCAAGUAAGCAAAUCGAGAAGUGUGCCAGAUAUUUUAAAAGAGCUGCGUGAUGAAGUGCGAAACUCGGAAAUUCGAAGAUAUAGAAAUUUUAAUAUGGAAUCAUCUACUCAAAACAAUGCAAUAGAAGAAACAUCAAGCAAAAAAAUGAUUCAUGAUAAAGAUACUGAAACGGAAGAGAUAUUAAGCCAACUGGAUAGCAACGCUAGGCAACUAGUAGAGCAAAUAAGUGCAAUGGGAUUUCCUUUAAAACGCGUGGCGAGAAUUGUUCAAUUAGUAGGAGUUGAUGAUAAAAAGGUUAUUGAACAUUUAAUACCCCUGAGUGAACUUGUGGACUUGGGAUUCGAAGAAGGCAAAAUAUCUGAUGCGUUAAUUCGCAACGAAAAUAAUAAAAAUAAAGCUUUGGACGAUUUAAUUUCAUAGUUAUAUACAUUAUAUGCGAUAACGAUAAUAUUGAUCAAUCAUACGUAUUAAGAAGAGAAUGCGUUUUCGAAACUUUGAAACUUGUUAUAACUCACUAUUUACAUACAAUAUUAUUUUUUAAAGCUUUUUUAAAUCAUGAGAAAUACUUUUGUUUAUUUUCAAUAAUUUGCAGUCCACUCAAAUAUAUCAAUUCAAUGUAUAACAAGAAAAUAUAAUACACAAUAAAUAUUGAAAAAAAACUCGAA